GACUCGCCCAUUCCGAUCUGGCCAGUGUGCAUCCGCUCUCUACAGGUUUCUCUUCGUCAUUCCCAUGUCCUCCGCCAUGCAGCAACACUUGUCUUCUUUGCCCGACCUUCGCGAUGGACGCCCUUCUUCGGCUCCCCCAGACUCCCGCAGAUCACAUCCUCCGCUACCCUCCCAUACGCAUCCCUUGGCCGGUGUCGGACUCACUCGUCCGUCCAGUGAGGCACAGACACCAAUUGAGCCUGCUGGGGCAGCACCGCUCGACAUCAUGCCUCAACUACAACGCUCGGGACCAUCUAUUGUGAAGACAAGGACGGGGAGUGUACUCUCGCGAGGAUUCAUACUCAAGACUGACCAUUAUCCAUCUGGCCGAGCACUCGAUCUCGAGAUUAACGUGCACGGCGCACCCAAUUUCCGUGCACCUCGCAACGUCAAUCUCAACGUUUUCGGUGUCGCCCAACCCCGCACGCAGGGCCUCCGCGGCAUCCUCUCUGUCCUCCGCUGUCGCCCGAACAUUGAUAACCCUACCCACGUUGUCUGGUUCUGUACACGUGAAGAGCCGAUAGUAUACAUUUCUGGCCGCCCCUUCGUCCUCCGGGAUGCCUCUGAGCCCCGGCGCACGCUCAAGCUCUCAGACCGGGCAGAGAACCUCGAAGCGAUCGAACUGAGGUUGAAGAACGACAUUCUGGUGGAAGCUAAUCGGUUCGGCGGCCUGAUCUUGACACAUAACGAAGUCGCGUCCGAUGCCGGUGAGGGUGCGAUCCUUCCCACCUGGACCGCGGUUGACUCCGCGAAUGUUCGCACGACGCGUGAGUUGAUGGAGAAUAUGCGUCGGGACGGAUGGAAUAUCGAGUAUCAUCGAAUACCCAUCUCGCCUGAGCGGCCUAUUGAGGACAAUUACCUCGACGCGUACCUCCGGGUGAUCGCACAGACUGAUCCUCUGACGACCGCGCUUGUAUUCAAUUGCGGCAUGGGUGCGGUGCGGACGACGUUCGCGAUGGUUGCGGCGUGUGUGAUCCGGCGCAAGCAGCUGAUUACGCGCGGCCUGGAUGACCCCUAUGCCCCGAGUAUGCGAACGAUGAACGGAACGAAGCCACUUGGAAAUCAGCUAUCAGUCGUGAAGCUCCAGCAAGCCCUUGAACGAGCGAGCAUGCAGCAAGAUCUGAACCGGUCCCUCCUGCGCAUGACGUCCAUUCUGCAGCAAUGCCUGGAAACGAAGAGUUCGCAGUUGGCGAUUGAGCUUCUCCUCACGCAGCCGACACUGCUUGACAGUUUGCGCAAGGCUCACAUGGGAAAUUACGGUAUCAUACUCAGCCUGCUUGGGUGUCUUGACCACGGACUCAAGUCGAAGAAGCUCGUCGAUCGGAUUAUCGACUCCUGUGACCAGGUGACGAACCUGCGUGAAGAUAUCUUCAUCCAUCGGGUGAAGUACUCGUUGACGACGACGAUGGACGAGGCGCAGCGCGAGACCUUCCUCACGAAGGCUGUGCGAUCGCUCGAGAAGUACUUCUUCAUGAUUGCGUUUGCCGAGUAUGUCGGCUCUCAGGUGGAUUUCGAGCAGAGUUUCUCGAGCUGGCUGGAAGCCAGGACAGAAAUUUGGAACCAGGUUAUGUUCCUGCGCAAGUCCUACGGCUCGCGACUCAACGUGUUCGCACCAAUCAAUGAUUUGUCGACCUUGUCAAAGACCGGCUCGGAGGCGGGCGCUUUGGUCCCCGGCCAGCGAAACGAUGUCGCGAUCGCGGGAGGGCAAAUAUUGGGCGAUGAAUACUCUGAUCACGUCGUUCGGAAUCGCAGUGGGAUCAUCCUUCGUGAAGGCACAUUGUUGAAGUCAGAUCAAUGGCUCAGUCAGUCUCACCAGAUGUCUCACGGCGUCCGCGGCGCGAUCAAUUUCCGCAAUGUUCCUGGAACGAAGAUCUAUGCGCUUGGACAACCCACGCUCGAGGCCAUCGAGGAGGUCGUGAGCCGCGUGCGCAGCGCUCACCCGUCUGCUAGUAAGAUUUUGUGGAUCACGCUGCGGGAGGAACCGAUUGUGUAUAUUAACGGGGCGCCGUAUUGUCUGAGAAGAGAGAGGUUUACGUUGCGGAAUAUGAAAGACUAUGGUGGGAUUUCAUCGUCGAGGCUCGAAGUGCUCGAAGAGCGGCUACGCGACGAUGUAAUUGCCGAGCUAAGCACAUUCGGAGGCAGGUUGCUACUGCACACAGAGACGCCAGAUGGGUCUGUCAUCCCCGUUUGGGAAGAGGUUGAAGCGGAGAAUGUGUCCGUGCUGAAGGAAAUCAUGGCAUCGCGGAGACACAUAGACGAGGGUGUCGAGCUGGCGUAUGCGAGGAUACCCAUCACCGCUGAGAGGCCACCGGAUUUCAGUGAUCUAAGCGAGCUGAUUGAGGUCGCGGUGGGUGCGAGCGCGGUGGGUGCGCCGAUUGUGGUCAAUUGCCAGCUUGGUCGGGGAAGGAGCACGUUGACAGCUGUGAUCCUCGUCCUCAUCCAGCAAUGGUUGGAUGCGGCGACGAAGCAGACGAAGCAGCAUUCACCCCAGUCGUCGCAUCAAUCCACACGAUCUAUCACAUCCAACCUGUCUGUCUCGACGCUAGAAAGUAUCAGCGGGCAUGGGCACCGCGCGCCACGCCACUCGUACCAGAUUAUAAACAAUCUGUUGCGAGUAAUUCGCAAGGGUCCGGCGGUGAAGAGCAUCGUGGACGACGCCAUCGACCAGUGUGGGCAGGUUGUGAAUUUACGAGAUUCCAUUGAGGAAGCUCGAGCGCGUGCGGAGCAGGCGACGGACGAGCGACAACGACGGCAAUUUGCUCACAAGGGGCUGCAGAACUUGAGGCGGUACUUUGAGCUGAUCAUAUUCCAAGCAUACUUGCAAUCUAUAGAGCCGGACACCAUGCAGUCUUUCGAGAGCUUCGAGUCGUUCGUCGAGAACCGUCCUGUGAUCAAGACGUUCGAGAAAGAGCUGGUCACAGAUAACAUCAACAUUCUCAAACCACUGGAGCGGGUCGAAGAAGUUGAGGGCAUCGCAUCUGCGGACGAGGUUCGGAUGAUCGUCGCGAAUCGUUCCGGCAGCAUCCUGUCCGCAUCGACGAUUCUCAAGAGCGACUUCUUCUCUAACCUGCAGAAGAUGAGCCUACCAGAACGUAUUGAGGGGGCCCCGAACUUCCGUCGUGUGCCGCUGACGCUGAAGUUGGUACCAUCUGGGACGUCGUCGCCAGCGGAGGAUGCAGAGUUUAUCGCGGGUACUGCGAGUGAUGGAAAAUGGGUCUGCGGAAGCGGAAUGCCAACUGUGCAAGGCUUGAGGAAUGCACUGCAACGAGUCGGCGCCGGCCCAGAGGGAAGCAAUAUGGUAUACUGGACGUCGCUGAGAGAGGAACCAGUCAUUUAUGUGGCGGGAAGGCCACAUGUGCUGCGAUUGGUCGACAAGCCGCUUGAGAACGUCGAGGCAACGGGAGUUACGACGAGCAUGGUAGAAGCGAUGGAGGCAAACUUCAAGAGCGAUGUCAUUCGUGAAGUCCGGUCCGGAGAUGGACGCAUUUUACUGCACGAUGAGGUAGAGGAGCGACCAGGCGUGUUCUCAAUCAUUCCUAUAUGGGAGGAAGUAGCCGAGAAUGAUAUCAUGACUCCACGGGAUGUGUAUGAACUGAUGGUGAGAGAAGGAUAUAAGGUGGACUACGAGCGAGUCGCAGUGACGGACGAGCAGGCUCCGCUUCCUGGGGUGUUCUCUCACUUACUUCAUCGAGUCCGUUCCGGGUUGGAAUUAAACGAAACUGGAGACUUCAUAUUCAACUGCCAGAUGGGCCGCGGGCGAACAACAACUGGUAUGGUAACUGCGUGCUUGAUCGCGACAACUAUGAAUUGGAACCAUGAUCUGGAGGAGUCGAAGUUGGUCCCGCGUCUAACCGAAGAGGAGAAUGACGGUAACCUCGCGAGGUAUGACCUUAUCGAUGGACCGUCGGAAGAGGAAGCAUAUCUGCAAGGAGAGUACAAGACCAUCCUACAGCUUGUCGGCGUGCUAUCGCAUGGCAAAAUGGCGAAGCGGUUGACGGAUCGUGCGAUCGAUCUAAUGCAGGAUGUUCAGAAUCUGCGCAAGGCAAUAUAUGACUAUAAGCUCAAGGUGAGCGCCUGCGCGAAAGGCAGUUUGAAGCAGCGCAAAUUGAUGGACAUCGGAAUCAACUACCUGUACCGAUAUGGUAUGCUAAUCGUCUUCGCAAACUACUUGAUUGAGACCAAGGAGAUGGAGUUACGCGAGUCGCAGGCUGUCUUCCCGGAAUGGGUGAGGGAAAGACGGGAGAUCACUACUCUGUUAGGACGCAGAUCACUUGACUAACAUGACCUGGACUGAUGACCGAUUUAUCAGCUCUGUUCUUGUUUGUUGUGAAGCACUAGUACUUGCUUGGCUAUUAACACACUUCGAACAUACAUUAUAACUGUGUCUCGUCCGUCCGAUGAUCGAUGAAACGUGGC